UUCAGAUGCACGGGGGGCAUUAGGACAAAGUGCAUGUCUAUGUGGACUUCCCUGGCAGAAGACGGACAGAGUGCAUGUCUAUGUGGACUGCCCUGGCAGAAGACGGACAGAGUGCAUGUCUAUGUGGACUGCCCUGGCAGAAGACGGACAGAGUGCAUGUCUAUGUGGACUGCCCUUGCAGAAGACGGACAGAGUGCAUGUCUAUGUGGACUGCCCUGGCAGAAGACGGACAGAGUGCAUGUCUAUGUGGACUGCCCUGGCAGAAGACGGACAGAGUGCAUGUCUAUGUGGACUGCCCUGGCAGAAGACGGACAGAGUGCAUGUCUAUGUGGACUGCCCUGGCAGAAGACGGACAGAGUGCAUGUCUAUGUGGACUGCCCUGGCAGAAGACGGACAGAGUGCAUGUCUAUGUGGACUGCCCUGGCAGAAGACACACCCUGUUGCUAUGACCGGAAAAUAAAAGCAACCACACUGUCAAGUAGUCACUUCAUAUGGUGAAUACCACUUCAGCCAUCAGUUUCAAGAUGCCAAAAUGAACUGACAUGUAGUGUCUGCAAGAUGGAGUGGAACGAAUUGCCAUGUGGCAAAUGGACAGAAUCCCAUGUGAGCUCCUGGUUAAAAUCCAUUGGAGUGAAAGAGAAGUACAUUCUGAAACUGUACGAAGAGGAGGUUACAGGACCUGCACUAAUGAGGCUGCAAAGAGAAUAUCUACGUGACACAAUUGAAAUGAAAGGUGGCCAAAUCGAACUUCUGCUAUCUAAUCGUAAUGAUCUAUCAAAGCCAAGGCCACAGAAACUAAAAGCAGGCAGUAGCACACAGAGAGAUACCAGAAAUGUUGAAUCCAUUGCUGCAUCCACACAAGAGUCAAAAGACAAAGUUGAGAGUACCAGUGAAACAAGUGAAAAUGAACAAACAUCAAUUGGCGCAUCUUCUUCUCUAAGUAACUUCCGUGUAUUUGAUGAACAUGACAAAGACUUCCGAUAUGUCAAGCACAGAGUGCUUCCACCAGAGACUGGAAUUGAAAACAUGAUUGUUCCAUGCCAUGAAUACAAAUCACUGGAAAUUGCCCACAAAUUAGAACCACUGAAGCUUAGAGUCAAAAUCGCAAGUGAGGUAAUCAGAUUUGCUUGUGGGUGCAUGAACAUGCGGACCAAUGGCACAAUACACUUUGGGGUCAUGGAUAAGAUUAAAGGCAGCUACAAGCAUGGUGAAAUCAUCGGAAUACCAGUUGAAAACCAAAGUGACUUUGUGGAUGCAUUGGACUACAUUGAAAACUGCUUCAAGGAUUUAAACCACCAUUCUGAUGCCAGGAAAUGCAUAAGGAAUCCAAAGUUUAUUGAGGUAAUUGACAAGGGGAGCAGUGGAGGAAACUGGAUCAUUGAAUUUGAUGUUGUCCCAAAAGGCAAGAGUGGUGAAAGACCAACUCUACAGUGUUACUAUUCCAAAGUUCAGCGAGAAAACCAACAAAGUAAUCUAUGAGGAGAAAGCACCAUACCACAGAGUAGGGGCCAAUACACCCCGCAUACCUGGUGAAGACUUAGUUCAUUUCAUUCAAGGACUGA